AUGACCAAGGAUCGUCUAAGUGCUUUUAAAGCCGCACAGUCAGAAGAUGACCAUGAAGAUGACCUGGCAGCAACAGAUAGCGCUCAGGGACAAUUCAUGGAAGAAUUUUUCGAACAGGUUGAAGAAAUACGGGGUAGUGUAGAUUUAAUUGCAUCAAAUGUGGAAGAAGUGAAGAAGAAACAUUCAGCGAUUCUUUCCAAUCCAGUUAAUGAUCCUAAAACGAAGGAAGAAUUGGAUGAGCUAAUGGCUAGCAUUAAGAAAACUGCGAAUAAAGUUCGAGGAAAACUAAAAUUAAUCGAAAAUAGUAUUGAACAUGAUGAAAGUAGUGGAUUAUCGUCAGCUGAUUUACGUAUACGAAAGACGCAACAUUCAACGCUUUCCAGAAAAUUCGUUGAUGUGAUGACGGAUUAUAAUAAAACACAGACAGAUUAUCGCGAACGUUGUAAGGGUCGUAUCCAAAGGCAGUUAGAUAUUGCUGGCAAGCAAGUUGGUGAUGAAGAUCUGGAAGAAAUGAUUGAGUCUGGGAAUCCGGGCGUAUUCACUCAAGGUAUCAUUACCGAUACGCAACAAGCACGGCAAACGUUAGCGGAUAUUGAAGCUCGUCAUAAUGAUAUCAUGAAGUUGGAAUCAAGUAUACGUGAACUACACGAUAUGUUCAUGGAUAUGGCAAUGCUCGUCGAAUCUCAGGGUGAAAUGGUAGAUCGGAUAGAAUAUAAUGUAGAACACGCGAAAGAAUUCGUUGAUCGAGCUGUGGCCGAUACGAAGAAGGCCGUGCAAUACCAAAGUAAGGCAAGAAGGAAGAAGAUAAUGAUAUUGAUUUGCGUGACAAUAUUAAUCGCCAUACUGGUCCUCAUAUUGAUGACAUUUAUCCCAAGUCCUUUUUGA